UUAAUCGUAGAGAGGGAGCAACCAUACCUCAAGAAGGUUUAGAAGGGUGCAAGCGAAACACAGAGCAAUGAACAAUAUCAAUGAUUAUGCAGAAUCCCUCUUUCAGAUGUGCUCAGAAAAUGGUGCAGGGCCAGAAAGAGAUGAGCUUGAUUUUGAGUUUUUGGGGAACAAAACAGGAGAGCUUUAUUUGAUUCAGACUAAUGUAUACAAGAAUGGAACUCGUGGGCGUAAGAUGAGGCACAUGCUUUGGUUUGACCCCACAAAGGACUACCACACCUAUUCCAUUCAGCAAGAAUUAGAAUGAGAUCAUGCUAAAGAGACAUUUGCUUAGUUGAUUCUAACUAAUUAACUGCUAUAUAAUUUUAAUUUUUGGAGU